CCCUUCCUUUCUCCCCGCCCUUCUCCAGCUACGUGGUGCUGGACCUGAUGGAGUCGGACCUCCACCAGAUCAUCCACUCAGCCCAGCCUCUUUCCCUGGAGCACGUCCGCUAUUUCCUCUACCAACUCCUCCGCGGCCUCAAAUACAUCCACUCUGCCAACGUCCUCCACCGAGACCUCAAACCUUCCAACCUCCUGGUCAACGAGAACUGCGAGCUGAAGAUCGGCGAUUUCGGCAUGGCUCGCGGCCUCGGAGCCGACCCAAGGCACAGCAAAGCCUUCUUGACCGAAUACGUGGCCACGCGUUGGUACCGAGCCCCGGAGCUGCUGCUCUCCUUGCACCGUUACACGCGAGCCAUCGACAUGUGGUCGGUGGGCUGCAUCUUCGCCGAGAUGUUGGGCCGUCGGCAGCUUUUCCCCGGUCGCAAUUACGUCCAUCAACUUCAACUCAUCAUGGCGGUCUUGGGGACGCCGCCGGCGAGCGUCAUGGCCGCCAUCGGGGCCGAGAGGGUCCGUGCUUAUCUGCAGAGCCUCCCUCCUCGCCCGCCGGUGCCGUGGGAGAGUUUGUACGGCGACGCCGAACCGGAGGCUUUGGCUUUGUUGGGGAGGAUGCUGAGGUUCGACCCGAGGGAACGGGUCGGUGUCACCGAAGCGUUGCGACAUCCCUUCCUGGCCAAAUAUCACGACCCGGAGGAUGAACCCGAGUGCGUGCCGGCGUUCGAUUUCGCCUUCGAGCGUCGCGUGCUCACCAAGGAGGAGAUCAAAGCUGCCAUCGUGGCCGAAAUCGAGGAUUUCCAUCAGCGUCGCGACGGCAUCCGGCGUCAGAUCGCCUUUGCCAGUGCCAGCGCCGUCAGCCAGGCCAACGUGGGCAACGCUGGGGUCAACGUGGCCAAUAUGGCCAACCUUGGGGUCAACACAGCCAACGUUGGAGUCAAUGGGGCCAAUAUGGGGGUCAACGUGGACAGUGUUGGGGUCAACACGGCCAAUAUGGCCAAUGCCGGGGUCAACGUUGGGGUCAACACAGCCAACGUUGGGGUCAACGGGGCCAAUAUGGGGGUCAACGUGGGGAAUGUUGGGGUCAACGCGGCCAAUAUGGCCAAUGCCGGGGUCAACAUGGCCAAUAUCGGGGUCAACGGAGCCAAUAUGGGGGUCAACGUGGGCAACGUUGGGGUCGAAGUGGCCAAUAUGGGGGUCAGCGCGGCCAAUAUGGGGGUCAGCACAACCAACAUUGGAGUCAACGGGGCCAAUAUGGGGGUCAACGUAGCCAAUGUGGGGGUCAACAUGGCCAACGUUGGGGUCAGCGUGGCCAAUAUGGGGGUCAGCGUGGCCAAUAUGGCCAACGCUGGGGUCAACACGGCCAACGUUGGGGUCAAUGCGGCCAACGUUGGGGUCAACGCGGCCAAAAUGGGGGUGAACGCAUCCAACGCCGGCGUCGCCAUGGCCAACGUGGUCAACACCGGCAUCACCGUGGCCAAUGCUGGCAUCAGCGCAGCCAACGUCAACGCCAGAGUCAACGUGGCCAACAUUGGGGUCAACGCAGCCAACGCCGGCGUCGCCGUGGCCAAUAUCGGCCUCAACACCGUGGCCAACGCCGGCAUCCGGAUGAUCAGCGUGGCCAACGUUGGCAUUGGCGUGGCCAAUGCAGCCAAUGCUGGCAUGAACGUGGCCAAUAGCGGCAUCAGCGUGGCCAACAUGGCCAACGCCGCCAUCAAUAUGGUCAACGCCGGCGUCAGUGUGGCCAACGUGGCCAACGCCGCCAUCAAUAUGGCGAAUAGUGGCGCCAGUAUGGCCAACGCCGGGGUCAGUAUUGGCAACGUGACCAACGCCGGGGUCAAUAUGGCCACCGUGACCAAUGUCAACGUCAAUAUGGCCAACGCCGGGGUCAAUAUGGCCAACAUGGCCAACGCCGGGGUCAAUAUGGCCAACAUGACCAAUACUGGGGUCAAUAUGGCCAACAUGACCAACGUUGGGGUCAAUAUGGCCAACCUGGCCCCCACCACCAACACCAGGACCGACCCGGCCGUCCCCACGCCGUGGCCUUGCACCGAUGUGGAUAUGGCGAGUCCCGGCCCUACGACGGCCCCCGAUUGCCCCAUGGAAUCGCCACGGGUCAAAGAAGAACCGGAAAUCCCGGUGGUACCGAAACGAGACGGCGCCAUCUCCGAUGACACCAAAGCGGCCCUAAAAGCGGCGCUGCUGAAAUCUGCCAUGAGGAAUAAGAGCAGAGACCCCCCCUGCCCUGCCCUCCCGGAGGCUCCGGAUUGCCGUAAAUCGGUGACGGCCGCCGAGAGGCAACGGGAGAGGGAAGAAAAACGGCGCCGUCGACAAGAAAGGGCGAAAGAAAGAGAAAGGAAACAACGGGAAAAGGAACAGCGGGACCGGCAGAACCGGGACCCCCAACAGAGCCGGGACCCCCAACAGAACCGGGACCCCCAGCAGCGGCUCAGGGGUCUCAUCCUCAGCGACGACGAUCGGCACCUUUUGGAACGCUGGACCAAAAUGAGGGAUGGGGCACCGCCGAGACCCCCCCAGCAACCCCCCAGUAACCCCCAGCAGCCCCCCAGACUCCAAAAUCCCAAUAAUGGAGGACCCGAAGUUUAG